GACAGCGAGCCCAGGGCUCAUCCCGGAAAACCACAUUUAGCAGAGCUAGGACGAGACGGCGAUACUUCUUCCCUCGUAACUCUUCACCCAUAAAAGGCGAAGAGAGCUUCAGAGCAACGGUGGGGAGGAGAGAGAUGAUGACCGAAGUCGGGCAGACAGGGGGGAAGGCUCCGCCGGACGACAGGCGGAAGAAACGGCGAAGGUGCUACUGCUGCAGCUGCGUGGCCGCCGUCCUGUUGCUCCUCGCCCUCAUCAUCCUCAUCCUCGCGCUCACCGUCUUCAAGGUGAAGGACCCGACCACCAAGGUGGUGUCCUCCUCCGUGGAGGGCUUCGCCACCACCAUCAGCUUUCCGCAGCUCCGCUUGCAGCUCAACAUCACCCUCUAUACCCAGCUGCUAGUCCACAACCCCAACCGCGCCAGCUUCAGGCACGACGAGGGCUCCAGCCUCCUCUUUUUCCACGGCAUCCAGAUCGGAGAUGUGGACAUCAUGCCGGGACUUAUCCCCGCCGAUGGCUCCGAGACUUUCGGCACCAGGGUCACGAUCGACGCUGACAGAGUGAUCACCAACUUGGCCUUCAUCGGCGAGGUAUUCUCCGGCGUGAUGAACAUCGAGAGCCGGUCGACCAUUCCCGGCAGGGUCACCAUCCUCGGCGUCUUUCGCCGCCACGUCGUCUCCUCCGCCAUCUGCCAAAUCGCCAUAAACACGCGCAACAUGACAAUCGAGAGCCAGAAGUGCAUCUUCGACACGAAACUCUAGCUACACACCUUCUCACGACACCUGUGCUCUCUGUCAGUUAUUUAUUUGAGUUAGAAUUGGUCGCUCCAUCCUACCAACACAUUAGAACAGGGGAAGAAAAGAAAAUGAGAAACAGGGACGAAAUUAUUCUAGAGUUGGCAGCUUUUGAUUUUAUUUUUCUUCCCCUUCUUCUUUGCUGCAAAAAACAUGGGUUUAAGGCCCUCACUUUUGGUGUCACAUGUUACAGCAUCUAAACUUGGCAGCUAGUUUGGUUUUUCAUUGUAAUUCCUGGUUUGUGAUCUUUUUCUCCUUCUUUACUGCAAAUACCAUGUAUUAAAGGUUAUUACUUGUUACUUUUGAUGUCACUCUAUCUCAUAGAUACUUUACGUGAUCAUUCUGUUAUACUGUUACACCAUCUAAACUUGGCAGAAGUUUUUUUCUGUAA